CUCUGUGGGUCCAGCUGACCAGCUCAAGAAGUGGAAACGGGGACAUGUGGGAAAUGAGGAAGUUGUCAGACAGUCUGCAGCGCCGACCCUCGGUCUGGCCUCACCGGGUCUCUGAGCUUCAUCGUGGUCUUCGUCACCUGCAGGUCUGGGGGGCGUGGCCCCCUCGGCGGUGGCGGACGCCAUGGUGGGCGCGGUGGUGGACUUCGUGAGGAAGAAGCAGUCGCAGUCCGUCCGCAGCGUCCAGAUCCUGAUCUUCCAGGCCGCCAUGCUGGCCGAGUUCCACCAGAGCAUGAAGAGGAGGCAGGGCGAGGAGGCGGGGCCAAAGGGCGUCUUCAGCCAGAUCAAAGACAAGCUGACGUCCUUCUUCCAGGGCUCCGGGGACGAGCAGCCCGGAACCAGAGACCUGGUCCUGGAGACGGAGGAGUUUGAGCCCAUGGAGUUCCAGCUGUGUGCCGACAGUCCCACGAUUGUCCGUCUGGCAAAGCAGAAGAUCGAGACGCUGAUCGUGACCGAGCAGGCGCAGAGGACCAUCCAGGACCGGUACAUCCGCCACCUGUCACAGGCGGAGCUGGACCAGCUGACGGCCCUGCAGAGGGAACUGACGGUCAGCAUCCGCCUGGAGAGAGGCCGGGAGGACCAGGACUCCCGGAUCCGCCUGGAGGGUCUGACCAGGGACGUGCUGACCGCCGAGGCGGACAUCAGUCGCAUCCUCCGGCGGGUGGAGAGGACGGAGAACCUGAAGAGCAAGGCCCUGCUGACCAGCGAGCUGGUCCAGUGGCAGUUCCAGGACCACGACGGGACCAUGGUGGACCUGGACCUCUACGACAACCUGAGGCUGGAGGAGGCUCUGGAAGCCAAGCAGACCGUGAAGAUCCAGAUCGGGAGCGCCAAGUUCACCGCCGACCCCCACCUGAGGAAAGCAGCCAGCAAGCAGAAAGAGGUGGAGCUGCUGAGAAAGCAGCUGAAAGAGGACGUGCUGCCGUCGCACUGGGACGACAUGAAGACCGACCUGGUGAAGCUGUUUCCCGUCACUCCAGGGUCCCGGGAGUUCACCGAGGUGGAGCAGGAAGUGAAGAAGACGGGACUCACUCUCAACAUCAUCAGUAUCGAGCGGGUCCAGAACCAGACGCUGUGGCAGAGCUACCAGCUGAUGAAGAAGAACAUGGAUCAGAAGAACAGAACCACAAACAACGAGCGGCUGCUGUUCCACGGCACCAAGUCCGCCUCCGUGGAUCUCAUCAACGACAAGGGCUUCAACCGCAGCUACGCCGGAACCCACGGUGCCAUGUACGGAAAUGGAUCCUACUUUGCGGUGGACCCGGUCUACUCAGCACGGAACUACGCCAAACCGGACGCCAGUGGGAUCCGGCGCAUGUUCCAGGCCAGGGUUCUGGUUGGAGAGUACACCCAGGGUAAACCGGGCCUCAUCACACCUCCCCACAAGUCCGGGAACGUCGCCAACCUGUACGACAGCGUCACCGACAACACCGCCGCUCCAUCCAUGUUCGUGGUGUUCAGUGACAUCCAGGCGUACCCGGAGUACCUGAUCACCUUCAAAUGA